ACAAGCAGAAGUGGAUGGCCCCAGACCUGGAUGCACAGCUUUGAAAUCAGGAGCGGGAUCUGGACUUUGGGAUAAUUCCCCGGGAGAGAGAGAGUGUGGUGGAAUAUACCAAGACUUUCUCUGGAAGUUUUCACUCAGUGGGGGGACAAGAGAAGGAGCACCUAACAGACUGAGCUGUAGUGUACAACAGGUCAAACUACAGAGGCGGAUAAGAACAUCUGGUGUAAAGCGAACCAGCUGAGGUGUUCUGUCUGGAAUCAGCAGAAAGGCAAAAGAACUGUGGUUCGGGGGGGUCCAGAUGGCAGGCAUGAGGGGCCCGGCCUGCACUGGAGUCUGGCUCUAGAGUCCACCGGGGCUCCCAUUUUACCUGGACACAUUCCACAGGACGUGUGCCCAUGAGGUCGUCACCACUGGCCCUGGUCCUCCUAAUCGGCGUCCAGGCUGUACUGAACACGGGAGGUGGACUGGCCCAAAGUGCACGGUUAGCCAACCACAGAGCAGGACAGCAGCAGCAGACCACAUCGACAGCGUCGGGAGACCAGCAUGCUGAACAUCACAGGACCAGCCACCACAGGACCAAGAGGCCUCAUCGGGCAGCCUCACACAUGCCUGACCCCUCCAUCCCUGUGGUGGACCCCAAGCUCUUCUCCAAGAGGCGGUACCGAUCCUCACCCCGUGUCGUCUUCAGUGAGGUGCCGCCCUCACAUGAUGCCUUGGAGGGUGAGGGUUAUGACACUGAUGGAGUGAGGGGGCUGAGGGUGAGGCGCAGAGCAGGGUCGCACACCAUGCACAGAGGAGAGUACUCAGUAUGCGACAGCAUCAACACCUGGGUGGGCAACAUGACUCGAGCCACAGAUAUCGCUGGGAAUGAGGUGACUGUGCUGCCCAACGUCACAAUCAACAAUGUGGUGAAAAAGCAGUUCUUCUAUGAGACCACCUGUCGAACCCCAACGCACAGGGGCUCUGGGACAGCAAAUGUGGGAAGAACGGGUGGACGGGGUGGCAAACAGGGCUCCAAAUCGGGAAACUCGGGCUGUCUCGGCAUCGACAGUCGCCACUGGAACUCCUACUGCACCAACACACACAUAUUUGUAAGUGCCCUUACCAUCUUCAAAGAACGGACAGCCUGGCGUUUCAUCCGCAUCAAUGCUGCAUGCGUGUGCGUGCUCAGCAGGAAAUCUUGGGCAGGACGACUAGGACACUGACGGGAGAAUGGCCCUGCCUGCCCAAAUAUCGAAUCACAAGCGUUUCUCAGCCACUGCAGCUUUAUUGCCAAUACUGUAAACCUUGUUCCCAGCCUCCUCACAAACACUGACCUUGUCCACACACACAGACACAGACAGUUUCAUUGUUCCAGCCCUGUGCCCGCCCCUGACCCUACCUCAGUCCAAGACAUCCUGGUUGUUUUAAAUUAAAAGACCUGCAUGUUAUAUUUAUGGUUUAUACAGUCAAAUAUGAAAAUAUACAGUAUGUGUAUAUAUUCAAAAUGAACUCAAGCUUUUAUUGUUGUUAAAUGUUGUUGUAUUGUUGUUCAUGUUGUUAUUUAUUCAACACAUCUGUACUUGCCUGGUUUGUUUUGUCAGUUUUAAAUAUGCACAUUUAGAAUUUUUACAUGAAUGAUGGAUAAAAAGAAAUGACA